AUGGCGGAAGACGAGAGCGAUCAGGAGUCGGAGCGGCUCAGUGAGGAGCUGGAGGCGCUGGUGACGCCGGGCCUCCCCGCCGGCCUGCCGGCCCUCCUCAACAGCCAGUAUUACUGCCGCCGCUUCUGCCAGGUUGUUGAAGACUAUGCUGGAAGAUGGCAGGUUCCUUUGCCUCAGCUUCAGGUGCUUCAGACGGCGCUCUGUUGUUUCACGUCUGCCUGUGUGUCAUUCCCAGCUGAAUGUGAGCAUGUACAAUACGUAUUGAGUAGCCUAGCUUUGAGUUUUUUUGAAUUGCUGCUGUUCUUUGGAAAGGAUGAGUUCUAUGAAGAUCCUUUGAAAGAUAUUUUAGGUUCAAUCCAGGAAUGUCAGAACCUUCUAAAUAGAUAUAGAAAUAUGAACCUGGAACUAGUGACUCGCAUCAUCCGAGAUGGUGGACCAUGGGAGGAUCCAGUAUUACAAGCAAUUCUUAAAGCAAAGCCUGUAUCACAGGAAUUAGUUAACAAAUACUUAAGCUCUGAAAAUCCACUGUUCUUUGAACUACGUGCCAGAUACCUUAUUGCCUGUGAACGCAUCCCUGAGGCAAUGGCUCUUAUCAAAUCUUGCAUAAAUCAUCCAGAUAUCAGUAAAGAUCUGUAUUUCCAUCAAGCUCUUUUCACCUGUCUUUAUAUGUCACCAUUAGAAGAUCAGCUAUUCCAGGAGCACUUGUUGAGGACUGAUUGCAAGAGUGGAAUUGAGAUCAUCUGCAACACUGAAAAAGAAGGGAAGACUACCUUAGCCUUACAGCUAUGUGAAUCGUUCCUAGUCCCACAGCUUCAAAAUGGGGACAUGUAUUGUAUAUGGGACCUGAUCUUCAUUUGGAGUAAACUGCAGCUUAAAUCUAACCCAUCAAAACAAGUAUUUGUCGACCAGUGCUACCAGCUUUUAAGAAUUGCUACAAAUGUCAGAGUAAUUUUCCCUUUCAUGAAGGUCAUUAAGGAUGAAGUUGGUGAAGAUGGUCUUCAGAUAUGUGUCGAGAUAUGUGGAUGUGCCCUACAGUUGGACCUCCGUGAAGAUCCCACCAUGAAAAGUCUUAUUUAUAAAGCAAUUGCUCAUUUUCUGCCAAAUGACUUAGAGAUCCUCAGAAUUUGUGCUCUCUCAAUCUUCUUUCUUGAGCGCACCUUGGAAUCUUACUACACUGUUGAACAUUUAUAUAAAUGUGCAGAUGAAGAAUACAAUGAAUGCACUAGUUCAGUUCAAAACCGUGUACGAUUUGAAUUGCUUCCAAUUUUGAAAAAAGGUUUGUUUUUUGAUCCUGAGUUUUGGAAUUUCUUGAUGAUCAAGCAGAAUUGUUUAGCAUUAUUGGGGGAUAAAGCCUUCGUUGGCUUAAGUGAAAGUACACUGGAAAACUCUACUGCAAACACAGAGAAGAUAACAGAGUAUAGGGCUCUGAGUGAGGAACGUGUCUGUUUAACAGAUGUAAGCAAUGGGGAGCUUGACACUGAAGACCUCUCUGAAGCCCAGUCCAAAGGUAAUGCCAAAAAGAACCAUGAAGCUCUUGAGGCAUCUAAAGUGUUAGAUCAAACUGUACCAAGGCACCGCUGUGUGAUAUGCAACAAGGAAUUUCUUGGUGGUCACAUUGUGAAACAUGCACAAGCUCACCAAAAAAAGGGCAGUUUUUCCUGUGUACUUUGCACCAGAAAGUUCAGGCAAAGAGGACUUAUGCUGAAGCACUUAAAGAAUCAUGUCAGGAAGAUAGAAAGGCAACAUCUUGCUGCAGUUCUUGAGGCUGGUCAGCAGGCUCCUGCUGUUAAUGAACUAGAAUGUUCUGAUGUUUCUCUGUCUCUUGAAAAUGGGAAUUCUGAUGGUUCCAAAGAUAAUGAACCAGAGACUGCAACAGCUCCAAGUGCUGACCAAGUGGUCCAAGUGGAGGAGGAGAAUGCAGAACAGGUAUUUGAUGUGGUGGAAAACCAUCUAAGUGACCAAGAUGAUGCUACUGAAAAUAGUAGCGACAGCUGUUUUAAUAAUGUUCCUGAUGCUUUAAGUACAGAAAGUUUGCCUGAAGAUGAUGAGAGCUCCAGUAAAGAGUCGCCUAUUCUGCACAAAGUGAAUGGAGCUUUUUGCCCUCAAAAAGACAUUGAUGCUAUGGAUGAGGAAGGAAGCUUUAAGUGCCCUGCUAAUGGUUGUGCUAGAGUGUUUAAAAAGAUAAGAUUCCUCAAUAAACACGCCAGAAAAGCUCAUCCAACUGAUUUGAAGGUGCAGCAGCAUAUAAUGAAAUGGAAUAAAGGAAAAUGCCGGUUCUGCCAGAGAAAAUUUGCUGAUUCCCAACAUUUUAUAGACCACCUGAAGAGACAUGUGUAUCCAAAUGUUUACUUUUGUUUACACUUUAAUUGUAAUCAGAGAUUUAAGCUGUCAACUGAGCUUGCAGAACAUACAAAAAGUCAUAGUGUUUUUAAAGCUCAAUGCAAUUUUGCAGAGUGCUGUGAACUAUUUGAGGAGCUCCCUUUGCUGUAUGAACAUGAGGCUCAGCAUUAUUUAAAUAAAACACCAGAAUGUUCAGAAGAUGCGAGUGAAAAAGAUUCUUCAGAUGAUCCUUCAGAACUUUGUGGUUACCAAGAUGAUGAUGAAUCUAUUAAUGAAAAAGAAACUGUAGAUUUACCAAUUCCAACUUGGAAGUCAAGGAGGGAUUCUACAGAACCAAAGACAUAUAUUCAAAGUGUUGAGAAGAAAGCAAAUAAUGUAAUUCACAAUGGAAAUGAAAGUUCAUCUGAGGGUAGCGCUACAGGUUUAAGUUUGAUAGACCAAAAGACACCUGUGUUACAGCCAAAUUCUGAAAACUGUAAUGUUGUUAGCGACCAACUAGUCAAUGGGCACAGUGACCUAGAUCAGACAUCAUCAAAGUCAUCAGAAAUACCUUUGGACAGAGUGGCAGAUGAAACAAGGACAGAAAAUGGGUCAGUGUUACCAGUUUUACAGAAUUGUCAUGACAUACCACAAAAUAAUGCUGCUGCCUCGCAAUUACCUUCUAAACCAAAUCAGACAACAGAGAAUACUUCAUAUGGUGUCAUCUUAACAAAACCGUAUUUUAGACCAUUGCCUCCAAGUUAUCUUGAUGAACGAUACAUUAGCAUGCCAAAACGUAGAAAAAUUUUGACUGAUGAAGUAGAUGCUCAUUCUGAACAAGAUACAUUUUGUAGCAAAUCAACAGAAAGAUUUAGAUGUGGCAACUGCUUGACCAUCUACUGUAAUUCAGAAGCACUUGAGGCUCACCUUGCACAAAAGAAGUGUCAGACGCUCUUUGGAUUCGAUUCAGAUGAUGAAAGUGCCUGAUUCAAUGUUGUGGGAAAAUGUAUCAAAUGAGGAGUGGUGUAAGAAAACACUACAUGAAGAAGCAUCAGUUCGUUUCCCAGUUGGCCUUAAUCAUAAAGCAGUCUCAAAUUACUAAAGAAGAACAUGACCUUGAUAAAGACAAAGCACAUUUUCUAGACAAAACUCACAGAGGAAUAAUAGGAGCUCUGCAGGUCUUGAGUCCAGAAAGGUUGCUACAAAAUCCCCAAAGUACCAGUUAUCCGAAAAAGCCACAUUCAUUCCAAAUUGUGUGAUUGAAGCUUAGCGGCACAGUCUUUGUAGCCUGAAGGUUUAAGGAAAAUAAGGCAUACAGUUGAGCAAGCAGAGAAAGCAGAGGUGUUAAUUGGCUUAUGGAAAUAAAACCAGCCAAUUCUGAAAGCUGCUUUAGUUGGAAAAAUGUGUGGUUAAAGGAUAUCCAUCCACACAGCUGGGAAGGAAUCAUUCAAGAAGGUAUUACAUUAUUAUAAUAUGGAUAAGAAAUGCAUAGAGGAACCAUGCAUUCUUUUUUCAAAGUUUGAGUAUGUGAUUCCAUUAUCUGCUAAAAAGCAUGGAGCUCAUUUCAUAAACUUAUACUCAGAAUCCAAAAAGAGGAACGUAGAAAGAAAUCUAAGAUGGAUGGAAUGCUCGAAUAGCCAAAAACUUGAAGUACAGAGGAUGCAAGGAAAAGUGAGUUGAUGUGAUUUUAAGUGUGAAAGUUACGCACAGUGGAAAUCAGAUGCAUGCAAGAGAAGCCCUUUUCAAGGCUAUGGUAAACGUGUAUGUUAAGAGUGUCCUGUAAAACAUCUGUUGUAGGAGCAGGAAGACUAAUACAAGCAGUACAUGCACAGAUUGUGUGGCUAUUAACAGAAGCAGACUGAAACAAAUACAGAAUGUGAAGGGGGUUAAGCUUGCAUUACAGGGCAGAGUUAAACUAAUUUUAUGCAAAUACAGAGGUCCUUCAGCUGUUGGUAUGACUGAAAAGAACUUGAGAUGGCUUCCUGGCUAAAAAAAAGUUAAAAAAGCAGGCAAAAGCAGAGCACAUGUCAAGUUGGAAAAAAAAAAAUCAGGAAGAGCCUGUUUCAUGUAUGUGAUAUUGCUUAAUGGUGGUAGGUCACAACUCAGUACAUUAACUAUUUAUUUACCGUCUAGAGGAAGGGAGAAAAUAUGUAUCGACUCAACCUUAAGACACAUUACAACCCUAUCUAGUAGCAUCUCCUGAAAAGAUAGCCUUUCCCAGAAGUUAGUGAAGGAGUUAGACUUAAAUCUUAAGCACUUUAUCCAAAAUUCACUGUUCAUAAAAACAAUCAGAAUGUGAAGACAGGAAAUUUGAGUCAUUCAGCUCUAUAUGUAACAUAGAAAUACUGGACAUUCGAAAACCAAAAAGAUGCUGUUGUAGUUUUUGGUCUUCCCACCCCAAACAGAGGUGUCGCAAACAUGCAGGUUGACUAAUUACUGUGCUAAAUUAUUGUCUAAUUUAUCUUAUACUGUCUUGCCACCUAAAAAUGCUUCAUUUGGAAUCCUGUUGUAUGCAGGUAGCUGAAAAUCUUAAUGUGAUUGUAGGCACAGAAGGUGUAGUGUUGAAAACUGGUGUGUACAGAUGAAGUCAUCACAGAAAUAUAGGACAGCAAAGACCAACUGUUCCUGCUCAGCUAGUUUGCUUACUGAAUAGUUCAUCACAAUGCGUGUAUGGCAUAAUAAGAUGAUCAACUUGCUUAAAUCAACAGAUAUGUAAAAACUAAUGAGUAAAAAAUCAAGAGGUACACAAAAGAUCUGUUUAUUGUAGCAAUGGCUCACACUUGCAAACCUAAGAGUUUCAUUGUAAAAUAGGCUGUUAAGUAGUUCUGGAACUUAGUUCAGUAAUGCCUCUGCUAAUAAUCCUCUGUGAAAUUAAACAGAUAUUUGCAUUAAUUCUGCUUCCUUUUCCCCUCCUGGGAGGUAAAAAGAAUACAAAAUCAAAAUCAUACUCUUUUUGAAUUCUAGAGAUUUUUUGCCUUAACUUUGAGUUGGAUUAACAUAAAAGGUUAUAAAAUUAUGAUCACAGGUAUGUGUGGAUUACAUUAAUACCGAUGACUGGCCCACUUUCAGAGAUUUGUAUGACAUUUGAGGCACCAAAGAAUUUUUUUGCAGUUCCAAAAAAACUGAUUCAAAUGCAUCAUUCAUUAUAUAUACAUAUAUACACACACUAUAUAUAUUUACAUAUAUAAAUGCAUUAAAAGUUUUUAAACCUAAAAUUAACGGGGACCUUAUCAGCCAAAUGCACUUUCACAUUUUUUACUUUCAAGUUACCAACUAAUUUUUAAGGACCCAGUUAUCUUGAAUGUUCCCAGGCUCCCCUUUCUUUGCUUAACAUUGUUAAUCUAGUUAAAUUUGCUUAAAUAUAUUUGGGGGAAAAAAGGUUAAUUUUUAAGUACUACAGUUUUAAAAAUCUGAAAACUCAGUCAAUAGAUAUGACAAAAAUGUUUGUGUAAAGUCUUUUAAAUGUACCUUUAAUCUUUGGUGCUGUUUUGCAUUUUCCUGGAGCUCCAUGUGUUUGAAGAUGCUUUAAAAACAUGAUUGAGAUUUGUAUUUUCUUUGGUUUAAAGUGUGUAGAUAAAUGCAUCUAUGUACAUGCAUAAACUGUGACCAUAAUUUUUUGUACCUGCAUUAAACUAAUUUUUGUUCAAAGAUGCUUUUCUUGGACACCACCAUUUGUUUAUACCAUGUGUUCAGUGUAUACACUUUGGAGAACUGGAAAACUGAAUUCUUACGUAGGUGAACAUUAGCAUCACCUAACAUCUAUCAGAAAUAUGCUAAAUUGACUUAAAGUAGCAAGUGGGUGGUAACAUUUUUAAGUAAUGAUUUUUACUUCAAAAGACAUUGCAUUUUCUUUAAACUACUCUCUGAUACCUGUUGGUAUUCUCAGAUAGUUGCAGUAUUAAGCAACUUUACUUAGGAGCAAAAAGACACUUGUAACAUGUGGGGGAUAAUUCUACAUGCUUUUUAGGGAUUCUUUAGUAUGUUGAGUAUUACCCUGUUCUAAGCCUGCAACUUCUAGGGCUGAAAAAGGUUCCAAAUAUAGAAUUGAAAGUGGUUUUUUCCCCAGCCAUUAAGCAUUGUAUGAUAUAAUUGGAAAUACUUCUUCAAGAUGUAUCACUUUGAUUCAAUAAAUACUAAAGUACAUGUGUAAUGUAAGCAUGCAAAUAUCUUAAAGCUGCCUGAAGUUAUACAUGAGCUUAGGAGCUUUGUUGGAUCAAAGUUUGUGCAUUUCAUUGCUGAUAAUCGUAUUAUAAUAACAUUCCUCCAGGUGGCUAUAACUUGGAUUUAGACUUCCCUUUUAAGACUAUCUAUUCUAACCCAAUCACAGUUCACUGUAAAGGUCGUGUAAGUUCUAAUUUUCAAAGAGUUGCCGCUUGGUAGGCACAUUUCACAAAAAAAAAGAAAUACUGAAAGUAGGUUGAAAGUGGUCAUAUCUGUGGGGAAAGGUCACUGGUACUUUGGUUAUUUAGCCAUAUUCAUUAAAACUAUAUAAAUUGUAUAGUUUCGAUAAUUUAUAACAUUAAACUUUGUGAUUUUAAUAUCACAUUGAAGGUUCAGCUGUACUCAUUUCUUUUAUUGUUUAACACCAGUGCUAUGGACAAAAGACUCAAAGGGGGUGGUAGUGUUACUAUUUUCUUAAUUUAUUUGGUACUGUAUAACACCUUUCUGAUUAAAUGCAGUGUAUGCAUUUUGGGACUCUUAAUUUGUAAAAGCUGUUACAGGUUCAGCAAGAAAGGAAAUUUGUGCUUCCUUGUUGAAUGUUAAAUUAUUUUCCUUUGCAUUUUAUAUAAGAGUACAAAUUAAAACUGAGCCAUCAAACUGCAAUAAAUCAACAGUAGUGUUUCAUUUUAAAAACUUUUUUGUACUGUACAUAGAUUUGUUCAAUAAAACAUUGUCUUUGUUGU